GUAAGUAGAGGCGCAGCUGCAGCGUGCGCUUUGGCCCGGGAAUGGCCGUGUCUCUGCGCUCAGACACCGGCACACACAUUCACAGCGCUCCGCUCCAUCACUGCACUCCUCGGCGAGGCGCGUCCCACAGGCUGCGGGGGUUGAUGCGGAUUUCAUGCUACAGUGAGCGCUCUGUGUAAGGUGUCUGGACCUAAUCAUUUGUCCCAGAAGAUGCUGAGCUUGUUCCGCCAGGCAGCUAAAACCGUGCCUUUGAAGUCCUCCCGCUGUGAACUUGGCCCAUCCACUGGAUAUCCUUCUUACGUGACGCCCACUUGAAGUUGUGAAGCACCCUUCCUAGGCCUUCUGUGUAAAGUUGGUCAGCAGCGGGUUAGGAGAGAUGAAGACAUGUGCCAUAUUUAUGGCAGCUCUGCUGCUCCCCAGCUAUCAAGCAGUGUGUCCGGAUAAGGAGCCAGGACUGCAGCCAUGGAUGCCAGGACACAAUGAAGACCACCGUGUUACAAUCGGUUAUGGCAGGAAGGUUCUCCUAACCACUUCAGCUACCGUCCACUCCAUUGAGAUUCUUGGUGGAGGAAAGCUGGUGAUUGCUGACACCAACCGGGCCAUACUGCUUCGAACAAAACACAUUCUGAUUGGGAACAAGGGGGAAUUGCACAUUGGAAGCCCAGCCUGUCCUUAUAAAGGAAACCUCACCAUCUCCCUUUAUGGAAGAUUGGAUGACAGUGAUAAUGAACACAGUUACUUUGGGAAAAAGUACCUUGGCGUGGGGACAGGAGGGACACUAGAGAUCCACGGAGAAAAUAAGCUGGCAUGGACGUUCCUCAACAAGACACUGCACCCCGGAGAGAGCAACCAAAACAGCUACCUGUUCCAGAGAAGCUGGGGGAGCCGAGGCAUCAUUAUCCAUGUCAUUGACCCCAAGACUGGAGAGGUGCUGCACAAUGACAGAUUUGACACAUACAGUAGUAAGGAUGAGAGUCGUCGCCUUGCAAAGUAUGUGGAUGGUGUGGCGGCAGGGCUGAUACUGGCCAUGGUGGUCAAUGACGAGGGGUCCAACAACUUGGAAGACUUGGCCAAGAAGAGCCUCUCUAGGGUGGGAAGCCACCUAAUAAGCACUCUGGAAUUUCGGCAUCCCUGGACCUUUAUAGUAACAAAAGGACAUGCGUCCUCUGCAGUGGAGGGUUAUGCCAUCUAUCAAGGGACCAAAGCUUCUUCAGAGGCCCGCAGCUCUGCUGUUUUUCAGUUGGCUUAUGGGGAGCGUUUCACUGUUACCGCCAUCAGUCAAUGGGUGCAAGAGGCCGAGUGGACAGAAUGGUUUGACAGGGACGAUGAGAGGGGAUCUGGAGACUGGGAGAAAGUGUCUGACCUGCACAAUGCUUACCCAGACAGACUGUGUGGCACUCCACUAGACAUCCAGGCUGAAACCGAUGAUGGAACACCAGCCAACCAGACCGGAGACGUAAUCCACAAGAAUGUAAAGGACUAUGGCUUUGUCUGCCUCAACAAGGACCAAGCUCACGGCUUCUGUCACAACUACAGGGUUCGCUUCCUCUGUGGAAAACUGGUUCGUCCGCAGGCCUCCAUUUCCAUCGAUAUUUUUUCCAACAGCAGCAUACUGGAGCUGGCCGACCAACCAGAGGGCUGGAAGUCUGGGGAUCAGGUAGUCACGGCCAGUACCGACUACUCAAUGCACCAGGCCGAAGAGUUCACCCUGUUACCCUGCCCUACCUGCAAUUCCAACCAAGUCAAGAUCCAAGGUAAGGCCCAGUUCAUCCACAUGGGUGAGGAAGUGGACGGGGUGGACAUGAGGGCGGAGGUUGGCCUGCUGAGCCGUAAUAUUCUGCUCCGUGGUGAGAUGGAAUCUGGCUGCUACGGUAACGAGGCCUGCAAGUUCUUCGAGUUUGACACUUUUGGUGGACAUUUGAAGGUGGAGCGGGGCUUCAGGGUAGUUCAUAUAUCUGGGAUGGAGCUGCAGCACAUGGGCCAGCAGACAAUGGGACACUACCCGAUUCAUUUCCAUAUGAACGGAGACGUGGAUGAGAAAGGAGGUUACGACCCACCGACAUCUGUCAGCAAUCUCUCCAUCCACCACUCUUUUUCCCGCUGUGUAACCAUCCACAGCUCCAGUGGACUGCUGGUGAAGGACGUGGUUGGCUAUGACAUACUCGGCCACUGUUUCUUCACGGAAGAUGGUCCAGAAGAGAGGAAUACAUUCGACCACUGUUUGGGUCUGAUGGUGCGAGCCGGGACUCUACUGCCGUCAGAUAGAGAUGGCAAAAUGUGCCGGGACAUCACUGAGGGAGCCUACCCAGGAUAUGUGGCCAACCCUCGGCAGGACUGCAGUGCCACCUCAACUUUCUGGAUCGCCAACCCCAAUAACAACCUCAUCAACUGUGCCGCUGCAGGCUCAGAGGAAACAGGUUUCUGGUUCAUCUUCCACCAUGUGCCCACUGGGCCCUCAGAAGGGCUGUACUCCCCCGGACAAACGGAACACACACCUAUGGGCAAAUUCACCAAUAACAGAGCCCAUUCUAACUACAGAGCUGGAAUGAUCCUUGACAAUGGAGUAAAGACCACCCAGGCAAACAACAAGGAUAAGAGACCCUUCCUCUCUCUGAUUGGAGCCAGGUAUGGCCCCCACCAGGAUGCUGAUCCCUUAAAACCCAGAGUCCCUGCCCUAAUCCAACAUUUUGUAGCCUUCAAGAACCAGGACCACGGAGCCUGGCUGAGAGGAGGAGAUGUCUGGCUGGAUGACUGCCAAUUUGCUGAUAAUGGAAUUGGCCUCACUCUGGCAAGUGGAGGGACGUUUCCAGAUGAUGACGGCUCUCGUCAGCAGGUGAAAAACUCGCUGUUUGUUGGGGAAAGUGACAAUCGGGGGAUGCCUCUCCUUGACAACAACAUCUGGGGCCCCGGGGGCUCUGACCUCACUGGCAGAACACUACCUCGUGGCAUAGAUUUUCCUAUCCGAGGCAUGCAGAUCUACGAUGGGCCUAUCAACAUGCAGAAUUGUACGUUUCGGAAAUACACAGCGAUGGAUGGACGGCACACCAGUGCAAUUGGCUUCAGGCUCAACAACUCAUGGCAGAGCUGCCCCAACAAUAAUGUGUCUAACAUCAUCUUUGACCGCGUACCAAUCACUUCUCGGGUGUUUUUUGGGGAGCCAGGUCUCUGGUUCAAUAAGAUGCAGAUGGACGGGGACAAGACGACCAUCUUCCACGAUAUUGAUGGUUCAGUCAGCGAGUACCCCGGAGUCUUCCUGGUUAAAGAGGACAACUGGUUGCUCCGUCACCCUGACUGCAUUGACGUGCCUGACUGGAAGGCUGCUAUCUGCACCGGCCGCUAUGCACAGAUCUAUGUCCAGACACGUAACCCCGCCAACCUUAUCAUGCACAUGGUGAGGGAUGAGUACCCUGAUCGGCCCUUAACGCUGGAGGGCGCACUGGGGAAGAAGAAACACUACCAACAGUUUCAGCCAGUGAUCACACUGGCCAAAAGCUACACUAUCCACUGGGAUCAGGCAACACCUGCUGAGGUCACCAUCUGGCUCAUCAACUUCAACAAAAAUGAUUGGAUCAACGUGGGCCUCUGCUACCCACAAGGCACCAUCUUCACUGUCAUCUCGGACAUCCACAAUCGCUUGACCAAGCAGACCCGCAAGACUAGCGUUUUCAUGAGUACAUCGCAGAUGGAGAAGAUCAACCACCUGGCGAGAGGAUACUACUACUGGGAGGAAGACACUGGGCUGCUCUUCUUGAAGGUCAAAGCCCAUAAUGACAAGGAACAGUUUGCCUUCUGCUCUGUCAAGGGUUGUGAGAGGGUAAAAAUCACAGCCAUCGUCCCUAAAGGCAGUCUACCUAGAAACUGCAUGUCCAAGGCUUACCCCAAACACGCUGAGCUGCCCGUUGUGGAUGUACCGAUGCCCAGAAAGAGGCCGAAUGCCAGGCUGCACUCACCAGAACACUUCUUGGAGGUCAAACUGGAGUCCUAUAACUCACAAUUUUUCCACAUCAAAGAGGACUUUGCCUUUACUGAGGUGAACGACAGGAAGUUGUACCAACCAGCCGAUGGGUUGCAGCUAACAGUUAUUGACGGACAUACUGGGAAGGUCUUAGAGAGCCAAGGAUUCAGGAACUCCGUCUUACAGGGAAUUCCAACACAGAUAGACAACUACGUCAGUGGACUGAGAGACGGUUCAAUCGUCCUCAUCACGUCUAAGGGUCGUUUGUUUACCAGAGGAACCUGGAUUAAAGUCUUGGAAAGACUUGGAGCAGACAAAAGCAUAAAAUUAAAAGAUAAGCUGACAUUUGUUGGCUUCAAGGGCUCCUUCCACCCAGACUGGAUACGUAUGGAGGUAGAUUCCAACCAUGCUAAGAUUCAUCAGGUACUGCCUGUCCCUGUGGUCCGCAAGAUGAAGCUAUGAAAGUAGGCUGAGUGGUGAGGACAGCGAUGAGAGUAUGAAGCCCCCGGACUGUGACAAAUGCUGCCAAUACCCCGCCCCCUCCCAAAAAAAAGAAUAAACAGACACACAUGCACAUAUGCACUGCCACCAGCGCAGUUGCUACAAGCCAUUGACAUGGAUCAGUGUUUUUUUUUCUAGAUUUGGCAAUGAGAAACAUUUAUGUGAUUUUCUGUAUUGAAAAUGGGAAAACCUCUCCCUAGUACUGCCUCAUUAGGGUUCUCGCAUCAGUCGAUCGCAAUACCAGUGCCAGUAGAUCACCUGCCAUUGAUUAAAAAAUCACUUCACGUCACCCAUGCGCAGUCGAACGCGGGAGCUAACGGAAAACUAAUGCUAGUUACAGAUCAGUAAUUCCUGACUAACAAACGCAUGUAAUUUCAUUUAAAAGCAAUCCUGGCUGACUCCAAUCAGUGCAAGUCAUCGAGUAAGGUAGGUAGGUUGUGACGGUUCCCUCCUUCUGACAGAUGAGAGGCUCGUUGUUUUUAUACCGACUCGUUUUGUGUUGACGGCAUGCAGUGCUGUGGUUCCAUUUGGUUACCGCUAUUACUCAUUCACCCGACUGGGCGUCUCAAUUUGGGUAUAAAGAAAUGUUUCUAUAGCGCUCCCUAUAUUAAUUAAUCAUUAAUCCAGUUUUUUCCCGAUGCCUGAUUGGCUUGAAAUGUGUACACUGGUACACUUGGUUAUGCUCUACAAAAAAAGUCAACCAUGGCAAUAAAAUGUGCCUACUUUGAUUUUCCGCUAUUUUGAACUUUUACCCAGUCCUUCUCAACGCCCAUUCCGACACUCACAAAAACUUUCUGUGGAUAAUUAUUAAUAUUUCAUUCUUUUUAGAAGAUAUGGAACAAAAAAACUUCUCAAGAGGUGUGGCUUAAUAUGUCAAGACUCGUUACUUUCAAAUGAUCUGGCCUGCCCUCACCAAAUUUGUAACAUCUGUAUAUAUUGCACCCCUAAACCUAUCCUAAUUUUUUAAUAAUAUUUGAAGACUAGAGGGUGCUGCAGUUAAUCGUUGAAAAUCUGCAGUUUUAGUCAAUUUCACUGUUUUUAUCAUUUUUUUGAUUUGUUAAAGAACAACCUCAUCUUUGCCUUUCAAAAUUGCAUAAAUCAUGAAAAAAUAUUAAACUAUGUGAGCGUGGUGCUUUUGCAAUAUAACACAAUUUGUGGUGGUUUUAACUUUGCCAUAAAUUCUCUAAUCUGCGCCACAUUUGUGUCAUGACAUCUUACCUUACAUGUUUUUUUAUUUCCGAUCCUGCUCCUGUGCAAUUUAAUCAGAUAUUGCUCAAAUGUUGUCAGAAAAGACCGCAGACCUUGAUAAUGUUAAAGAUAAUGUUUGCAGUGUCAUUCCCAGCGUCGCUAUCUUUGUCCAACAUUGGCCGGUGCCCUGGCGUGCGCAGAGUAGAGAGGAGCCAUCCAUCGCUGCUCGCAGCUUUGAUUAUGAAUUGUAUCGGUUUAAUCGUCAGUGGAGAACUAGAUAACACAAUCUCUUGAGGCCAUAGUUAAGGUCUCUAUCUCUUCAGUAAAAGUGGAUCACAAAAGCCAAGGUUGAUUGCAGAAAAGUUGCUGUCUCCAUCGUCAUCAAUAGACAUAACUUAUAUUGGUCCUGUUUCGGACUGAGCACUAGAAACUAGAGGUACACUAAUAUAUGAAAAUGUCUUGAAUCUGAAAUGAGGACUAAUGAACACAGACAAUCAGACACACACACACACACACACACAGUUGUUUAUCAUAAAGCAUAAUUCUCUAUACAACGUUAAGAGAUUAACCUUUGGAUUUGGUCAGAAAACAAAACAUAAAUACAUCCGUUUCUUAUUUAUUGAUGUUUGUUAUUUGGUAGACCUGUUCAUAACUCUGACAUCUAUGAGCCUGCUAUACCGAGUAAGUGACAGCCUUUUAACAUAUCACAGAUCACAGAACCACUUCAUUUAAAGCAUACUGCCUAUACGAGAUGAUUUGAUUAGACAAUGUUGUUAGACAAAGCUGUUUGCUUAAGUUGUGAGACUAUGCUGUUGGAGGAUGUUGACAGCAUCCUCUUAAGGUACCUUGCAGUACAUAUUCAUUGUUCAUGCAGUAUGAGAACAGUGAGAGCAAAUACUAAAAGACAGAAGUUAGCUAAUCAAAUAAACAAAUAAAGACAAAAAUAUUUGUUGUUUUGGAUCCAGACCAGUGGUUGUUAACGCUAAAUUGAUAUUGUGAUGUUUCCCUCCAAAAAUAAUUCUCCUGUCUGUGUUUGUUAUUCAUCUUUCUGCAUUUUUGGAGUCAAUCCGCAAAAAGCCCAUGAUUCUAUAGACAAUUAACAACAAAGAAACCUUUGUUUUAAUCUGGCAAAAAAGUGUUCUCCUUUGUUGAAAUAGCAGGUCUUUUUUCCAGAGGUUGUAUCAGCAAUUUAGUGUUUUAUAUGUUUAAAGUAUUUUUUAAAAUCUACAAAUUGCUAAGAGAUAUAUUUUAUACUUAUUUAUUGUACAUACACAGCUGAUCAAAAUCUCCAAGGGCCAUCCCUAUGUUGUAAUUUGUCAUUACCGUCCUGCAUGUAAGAAACAAAUAUAGCUCUAUUUAAAAAUUUGUAGCAGUCACCGGUACUGCACAUAUGCAAUUGACUCUAGGCGGGUUGUUUUAAAUGCAUGUAGCUUAUAUGUGGAUUGGACCUGAAGUAUUGAAGCUCCAUGAUUUCUUUGAAGACUUUUGUACAGAAAUAAAUAAUGACCAAUUUGUGUGACUUGUGACUGAA